AUGGUGUCCGCUCCCCGACUGCAACUCGCCCUGUUCUUCUUCCUGCUCUGCCCGGACCACAUCAUCAGCCUGUGGUGGGCGGUGGGAAGUCCUCUGGUGAUGGACCCCAACAGCAUCUGCAGGAAGACCAAGCGCUUGGCCGGGAAGCAGGCGGAGCUGUGCCAGACCGAGCCGGAAAUCGUGAGCGAGGUGGCCAAGGGAGCUCGGCUGGGAGUGCGGGAGUGCCAGUUCCAGUUCCGAUUCCGCAGGUGGAAUUGCACCAUCCACAACAAGUACUUCGGGAAAAUCCUCCAACAAGAUAUCCGGGAGACAGCCUUUGUUUACGCCAUCACAGCGGCGGGGGUGACCCACGCGGUCACCCAGGGGUGCAGCAUGGGCGAGCUCCUGCAGUGUGGGUGUCACUCCUCCUCGCGGGAUCGCUCGCCCCCUCCGCCCUCCUCCGGGGGGAAUCCCAGCGGGGGGCCGGGGGGCCAGGCCCCGCCCAGCGCCUGGGAGUGGGGGGGGUGCGGAGAUGACGUGGAGUUCGGCUACGAGAAAUCCAAACAGUUCAUGGACCCCAAGAGGAAGAAAGGCAGGAGCGACAUCAGGACACUGAUAGACCUGCAGAACAACGAGGCCGGGAGACUGGCGGUGAAAAAUUACAUGAAGGUAGAGUGCAAGUGUCAUGGCCUUUCCGGCUCCUGCACCCUCAAGACAUGUUGGAGUAAGAUGCCUCAUUUCCGGGAGGUGGGCGACCGAUUGUUGGACCGUUUCAACGGGGCCUUCAAGGUGAUGGGGGGCAACGACGGCAAGACCCUCCUGCCCGUGGGACACAACAUCAAGCCCCCCGACAAGAUGGACCUGGUCUACUCUCUCAACUCCCCCGAUUUCUGUCUCCCUAACCGCAAGACCGGCUCGGUGGGCACCGGGGGGAGGUCGUGCAACAGCACAGCCAUGGACGUGAGCGGCUGUGACCUCCUCUGCUGCGGAAGGGGCUUCAGGGACGAGACGGUGGUCUUCGAGGAGAACUGUCUCUGUCGCUUCCACUGGUGUUGUGUUGUGCAGUGUAAGACGUGUACAGUGCGGAGGGAGCUUAGCCUCUGUUUGUGACGAGGAGGGAGAGGGGAGAAGGGGGGAGGCAAUAUAAUAAU